AUGGAGGGCUGGUUAAGUUUGUGUUUCAUAGCUCUAUGCACGCUUGUGGCCCUCUGGUUUCGCAAGCUCUCUGGGGGCAAGAGAAAGCCACAGCUGCCUCCUGGGCCAUGGACUCUUCCCUUCAUCGAAAGCCUCCACCACGUCGCCAGCGUGCUCCCGCACCGCAAGAUGAUGGAGAUGUGUCGCCGGCAUGGGCCGCUGAUGCACCUUAUGCUCGGCGAGGUCCCAACGGUGAUCGUCUCCAGCGCCGAGGCGGCGGCGCUGGUGAUGAAGACCAACGACCUUGCCUUUGCUGGCCGGCCUCGCAGCGCGACGCUGGACAUCUUCGGCUGCGGCGGGAGGGGCAUCGUCUUCGCCCCCUACGGUGACCCAUGGCGCCAGAUGCGCAAGGUCUGCACCAUGGAGCUCCUGAGCUCCAAGCAGGUGAGGCGUAUGGACGGUAUCAGGCCAGACCAGGUGGGCAGCCUUCUCCAUUAUGUCGCAGACGUGGCAUCCAUGGGUGCCGUCGUCAACGUCAGCGAGAAGAUGAUGGCGCUCAGCAACGACGUGGUGUCGCGGGCGGUGUUUGGCGGCAAGUUCCCGCAGCAGGAGGAGUACCUCCGGGAGCUGGAUGAGGCGUUCGUGCUGCUAGGUGGUUUCUGCCUCGUCGACCUCUUCCCGUCAUCGCGGCUGGUGCGGUGGCUGUGCAAGGGAGAGCGCCACAUGAGGAGGAGCUAUGGCCACAUCCAACGUAUCAACGCCGACGUCAUCGAGGGGCAUAAGGCGGCGCGAGCUGCCACACAGGACGGUGCCUCCAGCACCGACGAUGAUGACUUGCUGGACGUGCUACUCAGGCUCCAGGAGAAGGACGCGUUCACAUUCCCUAUGACCACGGAGAGUAUAGGUGCCGUCUUAUUUGUGAGUAAUUUUCUUUAUGCUUCUUAUUAA